CAAUAUAAUCUCUCUCUCCUUGCCCGAAGCCAAACCAAACCCCCAAUUUAUUCACUCUCUCGAUCUCCCUGUGAAAACCCCAAAACUGAUCGAGAUCAGAUGAAGGUGUUAUGGCAAAUUCCUAAAUCAAGUCUUCCGAAGUCCAACAUCACUCAGUGAAAUGGGGAGAAGAGGUAAGAAGCAUCACCACUCGAAGAGGACAAAAAUUGCCGAGAUGCCGGAACUUGAUGAGGCAUACCAAGAUGGUGAAAAAUUCAUCAUGCACGAAAUGGAGGACCCAGAGACAUAUUGGCGGAACGGAAUUUCAUGUGAGAAAUCGUGUUGGCAUCCCCCGGUUAGGCCUGAUGUUUUGAGUGCUAAUUUUGAUGCGUCUGGAUCAAAGGACAAGAAGUCCCUUGGCUAUGGUUAUGACAUUAGGAAUGGAAAAGGGAAUUCUCUACUCGAAGGAUAUGGCCGAGCCAGGGAUCCUUGUCACGGAAACAACACAGGAUACAUGGAAAUCUACGCAUAUUCGAAGAUGUUGCGCAAUGUGAAUCCCAAAUCGUGUCCAAAGCUUGAGGCGAGGUGCGACAAUCUGCUUGCAAUCAAUAUCCUCAAAGGUGAUGUGGCAUUCGAUAAACAUACUCAUGGUCCAGAAUUCUGUAAGCUCAUGAAAUGUAUCAGGAAACUUGAGAACAAAAAAUACCCAAGAGGAUCAAAAGAGAGGUUUAUUGGAUACAAAUGGGUCCGCCGCGAAGAAAAUUUCCCGACUUCUAUUCCCUUGAUAUUAUGAAGCUGUUAAAAGAAGCAGCAGCAGCGAAACACAUAAUGGUGUUAAGCCAGCGCCAUGGUGGUUGAACAAGAAGCAGAUGAAUCCAGUGAAGCCAAUGUCAUAUGCAGCACACCCAUCAGCUUUAAACGGUCCAAAAUUCGUCUUGGAUAUUGGCCAUGGCUUCGAAUUCAUGCGAAAGCGUAAGUCUAAAAUGGUGGUAUCUUUGGUCUCAAUGAGCUUCCAUUUAUUUUUCAAGAGCCACUAAGAGUGCCUUCGCUUCUGCUUGAGGUUGUCCAGCAUUUGGCUGCUGCAACUUCAGAUUUUUCUUGGCAAGUCUUGAAAAAAUGUAGAGUGCAACACCUGCAACAUAGAAAACUCGGGUGAUAGAUUAACUGAUGGAUUGCAGCAGCAGUAGGUUGUUGAUUCAGGGUUUGAAAACUGCCAAAGCACAUAGUUCUUUUGAACAUGCAUCAUUUCAGAAGUUUGUUUGACCCCAAAACCCGCCAGAAUUGGUUUUAACUUUUUUGUCUUAUAUGAAAUGGUACCGAAAGCAGUGAGAA